UCUCUCUCUCUCUCUCUCUCUGAUACUGUCUCAGCCUUUACCUUAUUAUCAUUACCUUAUUAUCAUGUCAUUUUCAUUCUGAUUUCACCACUUUAACAACCUCUUUCCAACACCACUUUUCAAAUCUCAUCCAUCUCACAAAUUUACCAAUUAUGGGCAAAGAUUGGUAUUGGGGUGCCAGAAAAUCCUCCAAGAAAACAACACCUCAAUCAGAUAUCCCUUCUGGUUGCAUGUGUGCACUUUUUCAAACCUUUGAUUUUCAUCCCUUUCACUUUUCCAUCAACCAACCACAACAACAACAACACUCUCCCAUUCACUCCAUCUCCAAACAACCUGAAGCUCCUAGGAAUAGCUUGGAAUCACAAGAUGAACAAAGUUUCAAAAUCCCCAAAAACAUAAGAACAAGAGGAGGAAGUUUCAAUGAUCUUUCCUCUGACGUUUCGUCUCCCGGAACAAAAACACCAACGUUGGUAGCAAGGUUAAUGGGUCUUGAUCUUCUUCCAGACGCAAACUCACCCUCUUCAUCUUCUUCUUCGUCUCUCUCAACUCCAAGCAGACAAAGCCAUUACCAUACUAGACCAAAACCAGACAAGAUCAAAAUAAUGAAACACAGACACAGCACAGACAGUGUCAUCAUGCGGUCUUUGCCUGAAACUCCAAGGUUGUCCUCAGAAAGAACCUCAUCAUCAUUUGUUGAACAUAGACUCUCUCUCCAAAUCAACAAAGAGAAUAUGAUCAAUCACGGUGAAGAUUUAGACACUCCUCCUCGGUUUUCAUUCUCGAAAAUCAGAAAACAUGUUAAGGAAAGUGUUGGUGGAAGAAAAGUUGGCAAAGACAUCACCAACAACCCAAUCAAAAAUACUAAACAGCAAGAACAAGAACAAGAAAAAGAAGAUUUUGUUGGUCAAAUCAAAUUCAAGAAGCCUCUCAAACCAUUGAAGCCACUAGAAGAAUCAAACCAAGGAAAACAUUCAAACGCAUCUCACUCCCCAAGACUCAGCAGAUUCAAUGAUAACAGCAACAUCAACAACCACAAACAUUCGCCAACUCUCAAAGACCAAACCACACAUCAAGUACCAAAACAAUCAUCACCACCACCUUUGGUCAACAUGGAAGCACAGGUUUCAAGAGUUUCAACAAAGACUAAAACUCAAGCAAUGUCAGAGAAGGAGAUGAUGAUCAAGGACAAAAAAUCAUUCCCAAAAUGCAAGAAAACAGCACCACAUGGGAAUACGAGUCCACGGAUCAACAAGAAUCAACAGACAACCAUCGUAAACAAGCAACAAGAGUCUUUCAUUAUUCGACCCUCAUCAUCAACAACUAAAACCAAGAAAACUCAUCCACUUUCAAACAACACUCUCCUUCUCAAAACACACCCUUCUCCUACAGAUACAAAAAUCCCUCAAAAACAGGUAAAUGAUGAUAUCCAAGAAUCCAAAAACAUGUCACAGUUAUUUGGUUCUUCGCGCCAGAAGUACACUCUCCGCAACCAAACAACCAACAAUGAAUCAAAUUCUAACAGUUCUAUCGCCGCCGGAGCCAAAGACAAAGAACCAGAAUAUCAGUACAUUACAACCAUUCUAAACCGUACUGGAAUACACCAAGCAACAACAACAAACCUUCAACAUUUUCAAUGGUUCUCUUCAACACAUCCAUUAGACCCAUCAAUUUUUCACCGUCUUGAACUCUACCCAAAUAUUAAAGAUAACAAAUUUACGCAGAAAAAUCAUCUGGGUCCCCGCUGUAACCGUAGAUUACUAUUUGAUUUACUCGACGAAGUACUGUCGGAGAUUCUCACCAAACCAAACAGUCACCGUGGGUUAUUGCUACUAGACACAGUAUGGAACCGAGUUCGGAGUUUCCCACGUGCGAAAUGCGAGGUUUUGGAAGACAUAGACGGGUUAAUAGAAAUGAAAGACAUGAUGGAUAAGAUCAAGGAAGAAGAAGAAGGCGAAAAAGUGGUGGCGGAGAUUGAAGGGAAGGUAUUAGAAAUGUUAGUGAAUGAAACAAUAACCGUUAUGGUGGGUCCUAACCGUUAAGGACGGCGUCGUUUUGUGAUGGUGAUAGUGGGAGACGAAGAGACAUGAAACAGAGGGUGUCACAUGGGAUUUGGAUUCACGUGAUGAGAUGCUUUGUUCAUGGCUAUGGUGGUAUGUAUGCAUGAUGAUGGAUCCAUCUUCCAUGGAGGUUUUGGGUUGACGGUGGGUCCACACGUAUGUACCAUGAAAGAUAACACGUGGUUUUUUUAAUGCGAAAGAUUUUGCAGCGGAAUUUAUGGCUAAUAAUUAUUUUUCUAUAUGUUUUUUUUUAUACUAGUACUUUCUUUUUCUUGUGUAUAUACUCCAUUUGAUUUGUAAUUCAGGAAAUUUAUUGAAAGUUGAUGAAUUAUCUUUCUGUUUUAUUUUCAAUU